AUAAACUCUUUAUUUUCUGUGGAGGCGAUUAAUGUAGGAUUAUAUGAAGAAUGAGUGAAGAUGAACGCUAACUCAAGCCAUGAUGUGGAAUGUCCUGGGAGGAUCCAUAGACUGCCGCCCUUACCCACGUCCCAGACUCCCUCAGACCUGUAUGAGAUUUACCUGCAUAACAGUCAAUACCCAGCCAUCCUGCAGGAUCACUCACGGACUCUUGCGGUUCCCUACAAGGAGCUGCAGCACCACAGGACUCCCAGCGAGUCCAUCGGGAACAACUACAGCCCGAGAGGCCAGAAUCUGAAAAUCACACAUCUGAAUCGGAGGCAUCACUCGCUUCAUUGUCCUUCAACUGCAUUCCAUAGUGAUGCUGCUGUGGUGAGGAGACUACAACCUUUGACCCAGAGAGGUCGUCCUUUGUCACCAAACCAGCAACUUGAAAUCAUCCGGCAUGAAGAGAAACAAAGGCAGAGGACACAGACAGAGCCUACAGAGAAAGAUUUGGAAAGGUAUAUAUAUUAUGUCACGGAGGGUAUUUAUGGCCACAUGUUGGCCCCCCAGCCACCAAAGCAGAUCACUAGUAUCCUAAAACUGGUACCCAGCCGUUUCCAAGGUGAUGAGGAGGAGAUGGAGAGGAUGCGUGAGGAUCUCCUGGAGGAGAUCCAGAGAGACUAUGAAUUUAGCCUCCGCAAGAGCAUCGUCGAUUAUAUUCUGCUUGAUCCAGCUGAGCGAGAGCGUCUCUCCAUCUCUGCUGUCCCCCAGCAGUUCCCAUCCCAUGUGAUUCGUGCACCGGUUCCCUGGUCAGAAAGCUACCGGGAGGCUCACAACUGGCAGACGGAGAACCUCUUCAUUGUCAACCCUAUGCUUCUCCACUUAGAGGACCUCUGGAUGAGCAGCUUCUCGUCUCUGCGGUUUGUGAAAUUAAACAGUCUGCUCUCCGCUGAUCUUCCACUCCUGCCAGGAGAGUUUGAGGAACUGGUGCAGCGACAGUGUCAGAACACAAAAGAUGAACUUCUUAACACUUGGCUGCCCCGCUGCGCUUCUCUCUUUGUGACCUUUAAAGAUGCAUGGCUUCCACUGGUGCCAAAGAGUUUAAGCAUCGCCCCAGAAAAAGUAGAAAAACUGUUCAGGUGUGUGGCCACGCUGAUGUCACUGCAGCUGCGCAGUCUGGUUAUCGCAUCACUGCAGGAUCUGCUGCAGUUCUUCCAGCUACAUCAGGAUGGUAAUGAUUUUGGGGAGAGAUUUGAUGAAAUGCAGUACACACAACGUCCAAUGUUACUGGUAAAGUUGAAACUUGAGGACCCCAGAAUUGCAUUUGAACCUUCACUCCAGGGCUGCUGGGAGCUUAUACAGCAAGCCUUCACACAGAUCAUCAGCAGCGCUCACAACAUACCUCGGGUGGAGUGUAAGCUUUUCCCAGAGAUUGGAGAAACUCUAAUGUUGCGCUCAGUGCAAGCUGAUGAGAUGCUGGUGAAAGACAUCAUAAACACAGCCAGAGAGACCUUUCAGAGGAACACCAUUGGGCCACAGAGGUAUCUGGAUGUAUAUAAGAGGUACACUGAUUUACUGGAUCACCAAGACAUAUUGAACUUCCUUAAAACCAAACACUCACAGCAAGGCUUUUCUAAGAAAAUUACAGGUGUGCAGAACUUGUGGAAAGACAUCGCAUCACUCCAUGCAACAGUUCCCCUUUCCCUGUUCUGUCUGGAUGCAGUGAAUCUGAACCAAGAUCUGUCUGACAAGGCGGAGCAUCUCAUUGAACUUCUCACCACAUUUGUGAUGGAGGAGAACCGAGAGCUAAACAAGAGUAUCUGCCAUCGUUACGAUGAGAUUACGGACAGAAUCACAAGCAAGCUGAGUAGCACGGAGGAGAUGGUGGAGUUAAACAAGUACCUAAAACACACAAGUGAAGUCACUAUACACAAACUCCGGCAUGAGAUUGAGGAAGCUGUCAGAAGACUGGACUUCCUGCUUGACUAUGCCACACUACAAGCGGAGGAUAUGAAGUUGUUCAGCACUGUGAUCCACUGGCCGGAGCUGAUUCUGUCUUCACUUGAAUUCAGCAGGGAUAAAUUGAACAAUCAAAAAGAUGAAGCUGAAAUUCAUCUGACAAAAAGGUGCUUCAAUUUGGAGGAGACAUUGAAGGGGUUGGACAAAGAGGUGGACAUCUUUAAGAUAAAAGAGAAGAUGACUUUGGAGGAGAUUAAACACAAUGUGGAGAAACUCAAUAAUAUCAGCAUCAGUCUGGAGGUCGCUCUCAAAGAGAUAGAGACCAUCAAUAAAGAAGAGGGUUUGCUGGACAAAGAACAGAGUCAGUUUCCCGUCUUACAGACAAUUAUAGCUAAGAAGCAGCCUUACGACCAGCUUUGGAUCACAGCUCUAGAUUUUCAGACCAAAUCUGAAAUGUGGAUGAAUGGUCCAUUCCAGCAACUGAAUGCAGAGACCAUAUCAGAAGAUUUAGGAAACAUGUGGCGCACUAUGUACAAACUUGCAAAGUCAUUUCCAGAGCGGACGGCUCCCGGACGCGUCACAGAGAACUUUAAGAAAAAGAUUGACAAAUUCAAACAACACCUACCCAUUCUGACAACUAUCUGUAAUCCAGGCCUGAAAGACAGACACUGGGAGAUGAUUAGUAGUACUGUGGGAUUUGAGGUGAAACCAGAUGAGAACACUCCACUCAUCAAAAUGGUGGAACUUGGAUUGUCAAAAUAUUCUGACCAACUGGAGGAAAUCGGUGCUUCUGCCAGUAAGGAAUAUUCUCUGGAAAAAUCUUUGGAGAAAAUGACACGGGAGUGGGCAGAGCUACACUUUGGGUUUGCACCCUAUAAAGACACGGGUACAAGUGUUUUAUCGGCGGUAGAUGAUAUUCAACUGCUGUUGGAUGAUCACAUCAUCAAGACUCAGACUAUGAGAGGUUCUCCAUUCAUCAGACCUAUCGAGGCUGAAGCAAAGGCCUGGGAAGAGAAGUUGCAGCGCAUGCAGGAUAUAUUGGAUGGGAUGUUGCAGUGUCAAAGCAUGUGGAUGUAUCUCGAACCCAUUUUCAGCUCAGAGGACAUCAUCGCCCAGAUGCCAGAAAACGGACGCAAGUUUGCCAUCGUAGACGGUUACUGGAAAAACAUUGUCGCUGAAUCGUUAAAGGACACACAUGUGCUGGUGGCCACAGAGCAGCCUAACAUGCUGGGUCGCCUACAUGAGUCCAACGCUUUCCUGGAGGAAAUACAGCAGGGUCUGAACUCAUACCUGGAAACAAAGAGACUUUUCUUCCCUCGGUUUUUCUUCCUGUCCAAUGAUGAGAUGUUGGAGAUCUUGUCUGAGACGAAGGAUCCGCUGCGUGUUCAGCCUCAUCUUAAAAAGUGUUUUGAGGGCAUCGCUAAGCUAGAAUUCACCCCUGAUCUGGAGAUCACAGGAAUGAUCAGCUCAGAGAAAGAGAUUGUUCCCUUAAUAGAGACCAUCUACCCAGUUAAAGCUAAGGGAAUGGUCGAGAAGUGGCUUCUGCAGGUUGAAAACACAAUGCUGAUGAGUAUCAGAGCUGUCAUAAAACAAGGAAUGGAGCAGUACUCAGAGAUGCCAAGGAAGAAAUGGGUGCUGCUGUGGCCUGGUCAGGUUGUGAUCUGUGCGUCCUGUAUCUUCUGGACCAGUGAAGUAUCUGAUGCAAUACAGAACAACACUCUUCCUUCUUAUGUUGAGCAAAGUAACGCUCAGAUCACUGAUAUAGUUGAGCUGGUGAGAGGGAAGUUGCCAGGUGGAGCCAGAAUGACUCUUGGAGCUCUUAUUGUCAUUGAUGUUCAUGCACGUGAUGUUGUGUGCAAGUUGGCCCAGGACAGAGUUUCAUCUCUCAAUGAUUUCCAGUGGAUUUCCCAGCUGCGCUAUUUCUGGGAGGAUGGAGAGGUCAUGUUGAGGAUGAUCACCACUGCUAUCAGAUACGGAUAUGAAUAUCUUGGAAACUCACCGCGUCUGGUCAUAACACCACUUACUGACCGCUGCUACAGGACUCUGAUGGGUGCACUGAAGCUAAAUCUGGGUGGAGCUCCAGAGGGUCCUGCAGGAACUGGAAAAACAGAGACAACUAAAGAUCUGGCUAAAGCACUCGCCAAACAGUGUGUGGUGUUCAACUGUUCUGAUGGUCUGGACUACAAAGCAAUGAGUAAAUUUUUCAAAGGCCUGGCACAGUCUGGAGCGUGGGCAUGUUUUGAUGAGUUCAACCGGAUAGAGGUGGAGGUGUUGUCUGUGGUCGCUCAGCAGAUUUUGAGUAUUCAGCAGGCUGUAAUGCGAAACAUGAAGACGUUUAUGUUUGAGGGAACUGAGCUGUCUCUCAACCCAACAUGCUGCGUGUUUAUCACCAUGAACCCAGGAUACGCAGGCAGAGCAGAACUACCCGAUAACCUGAAAGCUUUGUUUCGCACAGUUGCUAUGAUGGUUCCAGAUUAUGGGCUGAUUGGAGAAAUAUCGCUUUAUUCAAUGGGAUUCACAGCAUCCCGGAGUCUGGCUCAGAAGAUUGUGGCAACGUAUCGUCUGUGUUCAGAGCAGCUCUCGUCUCAACCACACUACGAUUAUGGGAUGCGUGCGGUGAAAUCCGUCCUGACUGCAGCAGGAAACCUGAAACUCAAAUACCCAGAGGAGGACGAGAGCGUUUUGCUCCUCAGAGCUCUUAUGGAUGUCAACAUGGCUAAGUUUCUUGCACAAGACUUGCCCCUGUUUCAGGGAAUCAUCACAGAUCUGUUUCCAGGAGUGGUGCUGCCCAAACCAGAUUAUGAGUUACUGUUAAAGGCUUUGCAUGACAACAUCGGGAAGAUGAAACUGCAGCCUGUCCCGUGGUUCAUCAGCAAAAUAAUACAAGUGUAUGAGAUGAUGCUGGUCAGACAUGGCUUCAUGAUUGUCGGUGAGCCAAUGGGCGGAAAAACCUCAGCUUAUAAAGUUCUGGCCGGAGCUUUGGGAGACCUUUAUAAAGAAGGACUGAUAGAAGAGUUUGCAGUAGAUUUCCGCAUCAUAAACCCGAAGGCGGUCACUAUGGGUCAGCUGUACGGCUGUUUUGAUCCAGUGAGUCACGAGUGGUCAGAUGGUGUUUUGGCCACUUCAUUCAGACAACAGGCCCAGUGCACCACAGACGACCGCCAGUGGAUCAUCUUCGACGGGCCCAUUGACGCAGUCUGGAUUGAGAACAUGAACACCGUUUUGGACGAUAACAAGAAGCUGUGUCUGAUGAGUGGUGAGAUCAUUCAGAUGAGUCCAAAAAUGAGUCUGAUCUUUGAGCCUGCUGAUCUGGAGCAGGCGUCACCAGCUACUGUAAGCAGAUGCGGUAUGAUCUACAUGGAGCCGCAUCAGUUGGGCUGGACACCUCUGAGAGACUCCUACAUGAACACAUUACCUGAAAGCUUGGCAGAUGAACACAGAACACUGAUUGCUGAUCUCUUCAACUGGCUGGUUCAACCUUGCUUGGACUUUAUUUACCACGAGUGCGGAUUCUUAGUUCAGACGUCACCCAUUCACCUGGCUUACAGUCUGAUGCGCCUGUAUACCUGUCUGCUGGAUGAGAUUUUUCAGGAAGGAGCAGAAUCGAUGACCAGUCAGCAGAUGACCCUGUGGCUUCAGUCCCUGUUCCUCUUCGCUGUAGUGUGGAGUUUGGGAGGAACCAUCAAUGGCAACAGCAGGAACAAGUUUGACACCUUCUACCGAAACCUCCUCACAGGCACAAUCACUGAUCACCCGCGACCCAUGAGCGUGAAACUCACCAAAAACAAUGGGUUCCCUGAGAGAGGAACCGUCUAUGAUUACUAUUUCCAUAAGCAGGGUCCUGGUCAGUGGAACAACUGGACAGAAUCUAUUGCUAAAGAGGACAGAGUCAUACCUGCUGGUGCAAAAGUGUCUGAUCUGAUCAUACCCACGGCAGAAACCUCACGGCAGCUCUUCUUCCUCAGAACAUACCUGUCACAUGAAGUGCCCAUACUGAUAGUGGGACCCACAGGAACUGGCAAAUCUGUGAUCAACAACAACUUCUUGAUGUCUCUGCCCAAAGAGCGCUACACUCCUAUCUGCAUAAACUUUUCUGCUCGGACCUCUGCCAACCAGACCCAGGACAUCAUCAUGUCCAAGCUGGACCGCCGCCGCAAGGGUGUGUUUGGCCCACCGGUUGGCAAAAGUGCAUUAUCUAUGUUGGUAAGAACUAGAUUUGUUAAUGAUCUGAACAUGCCUGCGAAGGAGAUAUACGGAGCUCAGCCGCCUAUUGAACUGCUGCGGCAGUGGAUCGAUCAUCAUCACUGGUAUGAUAAGAAAGACACGUCCAGGUUGGACAUUGAGGAUGUUUUGUAUAUGUCUGCUAUGGGGCCCCCUGGUGGAGGGAGAAAUGACAUCACAGGACGAUUUACACGUCACCUAAACAUCUUAUCUAUUGACACAUUUGAUGAUGAGACUCUGAGUAACAUCUUCACAUCCAUCACCGACUGGCACUUCAGCAAUGGGUUUGAUGCCUCUUUCUACAGGUUGGGUAAAAUCAUGGUUCAAGCUACUAUGGCAGUGUAUAAGGAUGCAAUCAAAAGUUUCCUCCCAACACCAUCUAAAUCUCAUUAUAUUUUCAACCUGCGAGAUUUUGCGAGGGUAAUUAGGGGAGUAAUGCUCUGUCCAUCAACACACAUGCAGGAAUGUGAUAAAGUAAUUCGGUUAUGGAUCCAUGAGGUGUAUCGUGUGUUUUAUGAUCGACUGAUUGAUAAUGAUGACAGAAAUAAAUUUUUUAACAUUGUUAAAGAGAGGACAUCAGCGUAUUUCAAGCAAAGCCUUGACAAGCUUCUCGGUCAUCUCACUCUGUCUGGUAAAGUUGAAGAUGACAGCAUUCGCAGCCUGUUUUUUGGUGACUACUCUAAACCAGACUCGGCGAACAAACAAUACGACGAGAUCACAGAUCUGAGCACAUUAACAGAAGUGAUGGAUUUCUACCUCAGGGAAUUCAAUAACAUCAGUAAAGCACCCAUGAACCUCGUCAUGUUUCAGUUUGCCAUCGAACACAUCUCACGAAUCUGCCGUGUGCUAAAGCAAGACAACGGGCACCUGCUGCUGGUCGGCAGGGGAUCAGGGAGACAAAGCGCCACCAAACUUGCCACCUUCAUCAACGACUAUGAGCUGUUUCAGAUCGAACUGACCAAGAACUACAGUAUGUCAGACUGGCGGGACAAUCUGAAGCAUCUGAUGCUAAAAUCAGGGAUAGAGGGCAAGAAAACAACGUUUCUCUUUAGCGACAGCCAGAUCAAGGAUGAAGCCUUUGUUGAAGACAUCAACAUGCUUCUGAACACAGGAGAUGUGCCGAACAUCUUUCCUUUAGACGAGCGAGCAGACAUCAUUGAAAAAAUGCAGGGAAUUGCCCAAGUGGAAGGAAAAAAGAUUGACGUCACACCACUCUCGAUGUACAACUUCUUUAUCGACAGGGUGAAAACCAAUCUUCAUAUAGUUCUCGCAAUGAGCCCAAUAGGUGAAGGCUUCCGUAAUCGUCUGAGGAUGUUUCCAUCUCUGAUCAACUGCUGCACCAUAGACUGGUUUCAGGCCUGGCCCAAAGACGCUCUGGAGAUGGUCGCCAACAAGUUCCUUGAGGAUCUAGACCUGGAAGAUGACAUCAGGAUAGAGGUGGUGGACAUGUGUAAAACCUUCCAGGAGAGUGUGCGAGAGCUGUCCGAGCGUUAUUACUCCCAGUUGCGCAGACAUAACUAUGUCACUCCUACUUCUUACCUGGAGCUUAUCCUGACCUUUAAAGCAUUGCUCAACUCCAAACGCAGUGAGGUGAAUGAGCUCAGGAAUCGCUACCUAGUCGGCUUGCAGAAACUUGACUUUGCCUCCUCUCAGGUAGCGGUCAUGCAGCAGGAGCUCACAGCUCUACAGCCAGAACUGAUCGAGACCGCGAAACAGACUGAUCAGAUGAUGGUGAAGAUAGAAAAAGAGACGGUGGAGGUGGAUGCUAAGAAAGAGCUUGUCAGUGCUGAUGAGAAAGUCGCCAAUGAAGCAGCAGCUGCUGCUAAAGCGAUCAAGGAUGAGUGUGAGGGAGAUCUUGCGGAGGCAAUGCCCGCACUGGAGGCGGCUCUGGCUGCUCUGGACACACUGAAGCCGGCUGAUAUUACUGUCCUGAAGACCAUGCAGAAUCCUCCUGGUCCUGUCAAACUGGUCAUGGAGUCCAUCUGUGUCAUGAAGGGCAUUAAACCAGAGAGGAAACAAGACCCUGGUGGAUCAGGAAAGAUGAUUGAAGACUUCUGGGGACCAUCUAAGAAGCUUCUAGGUGACAUGAAGUUCCUUGAGAGCCUUAAAACAUUCAACAAGGACAACAUACCUCCUGCUAACAUCAAGAAAAUCAGAGAAAAGUUCAUAGAUCACCCUGAUUUUCAGCCUUCAGUAAUCAAAAGCGUGUCUUCUGCUUGCGAAGGCCUUUGCAAAUGGGUGCGUGCCAUGGAAGUGUACGAGCGUGUGGCCAAAGUUGUCGCCCCAAAGAAAGAGAAACUGAAAGAAGCAGAGGAAGAGUUAGCCGUGCAGAUGCAGAAGUUAGAUGUGAAACGUGCCGAGCUAAAGGAGGUGGAGGAUCGUCUGCAGGCACUCAAUGACACAUUCGAAGGGAUGAUACAGAAGAAGAAAGACCUAGAAGCAAACAUCGAGCUCUGUUCUCAGAAACUUGUACGAGCUGAAAAACUAAUCGGUGGUCUGGGAGGAGAAAAAGACCGGUGGACAGAGGCCGCACGGCUCCUCGGCAUCAAAUAUAACAACCUGACCGGUGAUGUGCUUUUGUCUUCGGCUACAGUCUCAUAUCUUGGAGCUUUCACUGUUGAUUAUCGUGUCGAGUGUCAGCAACAGUGGCUUGAGCUGUGCAACAGGAAGCAGGUCCCGUGUUCAAAAGACUUCACACUUAGCAACACUCUCGGAAAUCAGGUACUGAUCCGAUCAUGGCAGAUCGCUGGGUUACCUGUGGACUCAUUUUCCACAGAUAAUGGAAUCAUUGUCUCUAACUCUCGCCGUUGGCCACUCAUGAUUGACCCUCAGGGCCAAGCUAACAAGUGGAUCAAAAACAUGAACAAGGCUAAUAAACUGUCUGUCAUCAAGCUCUCAGACAGCAACUACAUCCGUACCCUUGAGAACGCCAUCCAGUUUGGCACGCCUGUACUCCUGGAGAACGUUGGUGAGGAACUGGAUGCGGUUUUAGAGCCGGUUCUCUUAAAACAGACUUUUAAGCAGCAGGGUGUGGAGUACAUGAAACUGGGGGAGAACACCAUUGAAUAUUCAAGAGACUUCCAGUUCUACAUAACGACAGGCCUAAGGAAUCCACAUUACUUGCCAGAGGUGGCAGUGAAAGUUUGUCUUUUGAACUUCAUGAUCACUCCGUUGGGACUUGAAGAUCAGCUUCUAGGGAUCGUCGCUGCCAAAGAGAAACCAGAACUCGAGGAGAAGAAAAAUCAGCUGAUUCUGGAAAGCGCUGCCAAUAAUAAACAGCUAAAGGAGAUUGAGAACCAAAUCCUGGAGGUUCUCUCUUCUUCAGAAGGAAACAUCCUAGAGGACGAGACUGCCAUUACGGUUCUUUCUUCAUCUAAGCUGCUGUCAGAAGAGAUCUCAGAGAAACAGAAGAUUGCAAGCGUGACAGAGAACGAGAUUGAUGAAACUCGAAUGGGUUACCGGCCUGUUGCUGAACACUCGUCCAUUCUGUUCUUCUGCAUUUCAGAUUUGGCAAACAUUGAUCCCAUGUAUCAGUACUCUCUGACGUGGUUCAUCAACCUGUACCUGCAGUCCAUUGCUUACAGUGUGCCCAGCGAUGACCUGCAGACCCGCAUAGCCAACAUCCUGGAUCACUUUACUCUGCGGGUUUACUAUAAUGUGUGUCGAUCUUUGUUUGAGAAGGACAAGCUGCUGUUUUCUUUGCUGUUGACUGUUGGCAUCAUGCAGGGCAAAUGUCAAGUAGACGACAUCGUCUGGCGCUUCCUCCUCACAGGAGGUGUUGCUCUAGAAAACCCACACCCCAACCCGGCCCCAGAGUGGUUUUCAGACAAAUCCUGGUCUGAAGUGGUCCGGGCUUCGCAACUUUCCCGCCUUGAAGGAUUAUUUAAGCAUGUGCAGGAGAACAUUGCACUGUGGAAGCAGAUUUAUGACUCUGGUCAUCCACAGAAUGAGGUGUUACCUGGGAACUGGCAUACAGUCGUGGGCAUGGAGCGUAUGGUGGUCCUACGGUGCUUCAGACCAGAUAAACUUGUGCCAGCAGUACAGCAGUUCAUUGUGGACAAUAUGGGCCGUGCAUACAUUGAGCCACCGACUUUUGACCUGGCAGAGAGCUACAGUGACUCCAACUGCUGUUCGCCACUCAUCUUCGUCCUCUCUCCAGGAUCAGACCCUACAGCAGGACUACUGAAGUUUGCGGAUGACUUGGGUAUGGGCGGCAGUAAGACCCAGACAAUCUCUCUGGGUCAGGGUCAAGGGCCCGUAGCUGAGCAGCUGAUCAAAGCAGCGCUGACCGUCGGCCACUGGGUGGUGCUGCAGAACUGCCACCUCGCAACCAGCUGGAUGCCAACCUUAGAGAAGAUUUGUGAGGAGGUCAUCACACCUGAAAACACACACACCAGCUUCAGGUUGUGGUUAACCAGUCAACCAUCAGACAAGUUUCCAGUGAGGGUUUUGCAGAAUGGCGUGAAGAUGACAAACGAGCCCCCGAAAGGACUGAGGGCAAACUUACUGCGUUCUUACCUCAGCGACCCUAUCUCAGACCCCACCUUCUUCAACAGCUCCGCUAAGCAGGAGAUCUGGCAGAAGCUGCUGUUCGGCCUCUGUUUCUUCCACGCUCUGGUACAGGAGAGGAGAACAUUCGGCCCACUCGGUUGGAAUAUCCCAUACGAGUUUAAUGAGUCUGACCUGAGAAUCAGCAUUCGUCAGAUCCAGAUGUUCCUGGAUGAGUAUGAGGAGGUCCCACUGGAGGCUCUUACCUACCUGACAGGAGAGUGUAAUUAUGGUGGGAGGGUGACUGACGAUAAGGACCGGAGACUACUGAUGUCUCUCCUCUCCAUCUUCUACAGCUGGCAGCUCAUUCAGCAGGACCAGUAUCGUGUGUGUGAGGGAGAUCUGUAUUAUGUGCCUUCACAUGCUCCUUACCAGAGUUAUGUGGACUACAUCCGCAACCUGCCCAUCAGUGCUGAACCUGAGGUCUUCGGCCUGCACAGCAAUGCUAAUAUCACCAAAGACAACCAGGAGACCAACCAGCUGUUAGACGGAGUGCUGCUAACUCUACCAAGACAAACCAGCGGCGGAGCCAAAUCACCACAGGAAGUAGUGGAUGAGCUGGCAGAGGGAAUGCUUGCCAAACUCCCCUGUGAUUUUGACAUAGAGAUGGUGACCAAUAAAUACCCCCUUUUAUAUGAGGAGUCAAUGAACACCGUCCUACGACAGGAGCUCAUUCGAUUCAACAGGCUGUCAAAAGUGGUGCGUAGCAGCUUGCUAAACACCCAGAAGGCACUUCGGGGACAGGUUGUGAUGUCAUCUGAGCUGGAAAACGUCUUCAACAGUCUUCUUGUUGGUAAAGUGCCCGCCAUGUGGGCUGCAAAGUCCUACCCUUCCCUCAAACCCCUCGGCAGCUACGUGUCCGACUUCCUGGCCAGACUGCAGUUUCUACAGGACUGGAUUGAUAACGGCCCUCCAUCUGUGUUCUGGGUAUCAGCAUUUUAUUUCACUCAGUCCUUCCUUACUGGUGUGUCGCAGAAUUUCGCUCGCAAAUACACCAUUCCCAUUGACUACAUCGGCUUCGAGUUUGAGGUGUGCAAACAGGAAACUCAUAUGGAGGAGAAGCCGGAGGACGGCGCUUAUAUCCGUGGGCUUUUCCUAGAAGGAGCUCACUGGGAUCGAGAGCACAUGGUUAUCGGUGAGUCUGUUCCUAAAGUUCUCUUCGACUCGCUGCCCGUAAUCUGGCUGAAGCCCGGAGAGAGCGCCACCUUCCUGCACCAAAACGUUUAUGUGUGUCCGGUGUACAAGACCAGCGCCAGACGAGGGACUCUUUCCACCACCGGUCACUCCACAAAUUAUGUGCUGUCCAUCGAGCUGCCCUCAGAUCAGCCACAGAAGCACUGGGUAAACCGCGGCGUCGCCUGCCUGUGCCAACUAGACAACUGAACACAUCCUCACACUACAUUUAUGUGUUAAACAUGCCAAACUGAGAGAAUACAAACCCUCAGCACUGAUAGUUGUUAAGUUUAAUAUAACUGAACAGAAUAAUAAAUCAAA